AUGAUGAGAGGUUUGGCAUUAGAGCGGUGGAGGGAUUAUUUCCGGACAUCAAAUUCAGAGAUGUUUGAUAUAAUCGAUCAUGCAAUAAUGGUGGCAGCUUUGGAUUGUCCUAAAGAUGGGUGGAAGGGACUGGUGGAUGAAUGGUUUAGUGCGACGGACGCUAUUGUGAAUGAAGAGGGUACUCCCGAAUCUAUGAAUCCAUCUGUCGUUGAUGAAGUAGAAGAAGAAGGGCUUCCAUUUCCGCCAUUAGAUGAAGGAGCUUUCUUUGCGACUCAACCUACAUCAAUGGAACUCUCACAGUUCUUCGAUGGCAUGGAUGAUGAUGGAAAUCCACGAAGCAGUGCCGAAUUCAAAAGGAAGGAUGACAAGAGUCAACAAAUUAAAGAACCUGCUGCAAAUCCUAAUAGCAAGCCCUCGAGCAUAAAUACCAAGUCCAGGAGACCCCCGAAAAACAAUGCGGAGCAAAAGUCCAGCACAGAAUCAAGGUUGCUGCAGACACCGGAUAAGAUGGCUGUCCCGAAGAAGCCUCUCGGCAGUCAACAAGAUAAAUUCAAAACAUCGGAUGAACUUUCCGUCCAGCAAAAGCUUGGGGCCACAAAAAGGAAGCUUCAAGAACGAUAUGAACAGGCCGAGAAUGCCAAGAGGAAGCGGACAAUACAGGUAAUGGAGUUGCAUGACCUUCCGAAGCAAGGGUCUAGCGACAAGAACCAUAAUCGGCACCGUGUAAAUGGAGGCCUAUACCCGAGUUUACUCGGAACCGAUUAG